ACACUGCGUCGGGGGUGAAGCCAAGUCCACGGAAAACAGAAAAGCGCAUAAAAAGCGAAAAAUGUGUGUGAAAUAGUGAAAAUGCGGAAGAAAUAGCAAUGCCAGAGAUCCAGAGUGACAAUGUGCCGCACAAUUAGUCCGAGAUUUACCUUUAAAUCGCUGUGAGGCGCCUACACUGCGCCCUGCAUACCUGCAUAUGAAAACCUGCUGCCGCGGCCAUAAUUACAGUUAGACACUAAAAUAGCUGCACGGUCAGGUUGCGAAGUGAUUUGGGGCACUCAGCUUGGCGAGAAGGGGGAUUCGGGAUCGGGAUCUGGUGUAGCCCACGCACGCUAGCCUCGUUGGAAAAUGGAAAACGAAUCCGUCAAGUCGGAACACAGUGGACGCUCCAGACGCUCGCGAAAUCACAACAACAACGGCGGAGGGGGAGGAGGAGGAGGUGGUGGCGGCGGAGGCGGUGGGGGCAGUGUAAACAACGGCUAUCACAGGGAACGGGAUCGUUCCAGACACUCGCACCGCAGCACCCACUCUUCCAAGUCGGGCAAGGGAUUCCAGCGAGGUGACAUGGCGCCCUACCAGACCAGCGUUAACAUGACAGGAGACGGCAGCCACGAUGGCCAGGAGGUCAUCGAGGUGCAGAUCCUGCCGCAGGACGAGAAUUGGGGUGAGAACACCACCGCCGUCACGGGCAACACAUCCGAGCAGAGCAUCUCCAUGGAGGACAUUAACAACAUGUGGCACCGCGAAAACGACAAGGGCUUCGGCUUUGCCUGCCGGCGCUACGUGGAGUCCAGCUUCUACUUCCUGCUGGGAUGCGGCACCUUCUUCUCGCCAGUGGCCAUGGUGGUGAUGCCCUAUGUGGGCUUCUUUCCCUCGGCCUUCGACCAUCCGGAGCUGACGCAGACGGUGCGCACCCAGCUGCUGGCCUGCAGCGAGCAGUGCAAGGGCCAACUGGUCUCCCUGGCCGCUCGCCUUCUGCUCCUCGCCAUCGGCCUGUGGGCGGUGUUCAUGCGACGAACUGCGGCCAGCAUGCCGCGCAUUUUCCUGUACCGUGCUCUGGUCCUCCUGCUGGUCACCAUCUGCACGUUCGCGUACUGGCUCUUCUACAUCGUGCAGGUCACGAACGGGGCCAAGAUCGUGGUGGAGACUGGCGGUGAUGCCGUGGACUACAAGUCGCUGGUAGGCUAUGCCACCAACUUUGUGGACACGCUGCUGUUCAUCCACUAUGUGGCCGUUGUUCUGCUGGAGCUGCGCCACCAGCAGCCCUGCUAUUACAUCAAGAUUAUCCGCUCCCCGGACGGAGUUUCGCGCUCGUACAUGCUGGGCCAACUGAGCAUUCAGCGGGCGGCCGUGUGGGUGCUGCAGCACUACUACGUGGACUUCCCGAUCUUCAACCCGUAUCUGGAGCGCAUCCCCAUCUCCGUCUCCAAGUCGCAGCGUAACAAGAUAUCGAACAGCUUCAAGUACUACGAAGUGGACGGGGUGAGUAAUUCGCAGCAGCAAAGUCAGAGCAGGGCGGUUCUGGCGGCCAACGCCCGAAGGCGUGAUUCCUCGCACAACGAGCGCUUCUACGAGGAACACGAGUACGAGAGGCGCGUUAAGAAGCGACGUGCCCGCCUCAUCACGGCCGCCGAGGAGGCGUUCACCCACAUCAAGCGCAUCCAUAACGAACCCGCUCCAGCACUGCCGCUCGAUCCACAGGAGGCAGCCUCGGCGGUCUUUCCAUCGAUGGCCAGAGCUCUGCAAAAGUACUUGCGGGUUACGCGCCAGCAACCGCGACACACUUUUGAGAGCAUCCUGAAGCACCUGGCACACUGCCUGAAGCACGAUCUGUCGCCGCGCGCCUUUCUGGAACCGUAUUUGACCGAGUCGCCGGUGAUGCAGAGCGAGAAGGAACGCCGCUGGGUGCAGUCAUGGUCGCUCAUCUGCGACGAGAUCGUCUCCCGGCCCAUUGGCAACGAGUGCACGUUCCAGCUGAUCCAGAACGAUGUCUCUUUAAUGGUCACUGUGCACAAGCUGCCGCACUUCAACCUGGCCGAGGAGGUGGUGGAUCCCAAGAGCAACAAAUUUGUGCUAAAACUGAACUCCGAAACCUCCGUAUGACACCACCACAAUGCCCCGCCGAUAAUAACGCCCACGCACAGCAACCAGACACAAUCGUCAUAUCUGCAUGUGUUUGUUUGAUAAUCCCAACUUUAUUUCCUUCCCAUUCCUAUUUCAAUAACAGUUCAGUCAAUCGUACUUAAUUCCGUGAUUCGAUUUUAAACUAUUAAUACUCUUUUACAUGCCACAAAUUCCAUCAUAAUCAAUCAAAUUAUGCAAUCAAAAUUAACUACUAAUGAAUACGCCCCAAAACAAACUGGCUGGCCAAAAAAAUAUUUAAAAUCGAAGAAAAAUCCUUGAGUUUUAAAGAACACAAACAAGUCGAAAUCAAAACAAAAUUUAAUUUGUUCAUGUAACUGAAGAUUAGGUGAGCAGACGAUGUACUCUUAUCAGCUAUAAACUUAUGACCCAAAUAUCAAUGCUCAAAAGCCCAGUGUAUCAUCCUAAACCGACUCGAACAUAUCACUCGACCCUUUUAAAAGCAAACAUGACUUUACAAGUUCCCAAAGUAUUAAUUAUAAGAAUGAUGGUUCGGCUUGCAGAACCGCGAAUAUAAGUUAUCAACUCUUCAAUGCAGCUCUUUUAUACACGUUUUUUAUUUUAGAAAAUAUGUUUAGUGUAAAGUUGGGCUUUCUCGUCUCGGAAUAUCAUAUAUUAAACCCGAUAUCUGUGACGUUUAAGUCCCAUUGGUAGCCUUAAGAAGGAAUGGAGUGAGCCAAGGCGAACCCAUUGAAUUUUAGCUAAGACUCGGACUUGCGCCAAAAGUGGAGUAACCACUCUUGGCGCGACUCGAAACAAUUUUACAAACGCACAUUUUAAGCCGAAACCGAAAGGUCCUAACUCUUCUGCCACAAAGUUGAUGAGGAACGACAAAACUAAAACUCGAAUGCAACUGAUGACAAAUACAUAAUUUAAGCAAAGACUGCCUGAAUAUGCAUUUUAUACACACAAAUUGCCAACAGCCACUAGCCGGUGUAUGUACGGACCUGUGCAUAGCAACCAGAAAUUAUAUACAGAAACUCGUGUAUUUUUAGAAACAAAAUUAUAGUGAUAAGGACCCGAAAUCGUAUUCGAACAUAUGUACGUUCCAGUGAAACCAAUCUAUACAUAUAAAGUAUAUAUAUACCUAUUUACAAAACUACUUAGAGAACUUUUGCUUGAGGUUUGAUUUUAUUUUUCGUUUUCUAGCUAAAUGCCUUCUGUCGAAGCACUCUUUUAUAUUGCAAUUCUCUAGCAAUUACUUAAAGCAAUUGAUAAGCCAACCCUUAAGCAUACAUACCAUUUAUAUAUUAACUAUCAAACUGUAACUGUUGUAACUGUAACUAGCUUAUGAAACCACAUGCCGUAAAAUAAAUCGAACCCACUUUUUUAACAGCUUUAA